AACCCUUGUAUUAUGUUAAGGGUCAAUUUGACCCAUUUCAGUUUUUGUGUUGACCAAAGUACUGGUUAUCCUUUCUUUUUCUUGAUGAAAUUUGGUGACUUUUCAUCAUCUAGGGUCAUGAACUGGUGUGUAAAAUCUGGACACUUUGAUGUGUAGUGGAAUGUCUGUGCAGAGUUUGUAUACAAAGAUGAUGUUGCGGGUCAUUUUGACCCAGACCCUUUAAUAUGGAUAAAUAGCUGUUCAGAUCCAAAAUAAACUUGUCUCUUUGAUGUACUUUUUACUUUGAUGUACAAUUGUUUGUAUAUUGAUUGCCUCUGAGACCCAGAGCCAGGUGUGUGAAGAGAGGGAACUUUCUCACACUUGUCCUUGUCACUGUUCUCAUGUCAUCUCUUUGACAAACUCACCAAAAAUGAGCUCCAGAAGGACGGCAGCUGAGGAGGCUUUAUCACAGAUUUUGAACUGGGAUAGUGAUGUAGAGGAAGAUAUUUCAGAACCAGAGGAUCUUUCAGAGACAGAGGACAAUGUUAUUGCUGAUCCAGAUUGUCAAUUUUCCUACGAUGAGGAGGAUUCAGAGGACGAGUCUGCCGUUGUUCCUCCAACAGAUGAAAACCAAAGAAUGCAGCAAUCAUCAUCCACAGAGGGGACAUGGGCAUCUAAGGACGGUAAUAUAAAAUGGUCAACAUCACCACACCCAAGCCGAGGCAGACUGUCAUCUUCCAAUGUGGUCAAAAUGACUCCCGGUCCUACAAGAUUUGCUGUCACACGAGUUGAUGAGAUUCAAUCAGCAUUUCAGCUCUUCAUAUCCUCACCAAUAGAGAGGAUUAUACUGGAAAUGACCAACUUGGAGGGGAGACGUGUGUUUCAAGAGAAAUGGAAACCACUGGAUCCGACUGACUUGCAUGCUUACAUUGGAGUUCUGUUAUUAGCUGGAGUGUACAGGUCAAAGGGAGAAACAACUGCAAGUCUAUGGAAUGAAGAGAAUGGAAGGCCAAUCUUUCAUGCAACAAUGUCUCUGGAGACAUUCCACAUGAUAUCUCGUGUGAUCGGCUUUGACAACCGCGACACCAGAGCUGGUCGACGUGAAAGAGACAAACUAGCUGCGAUCAGAGAUGUGUGGGAUAAAUGGGUUGAAAUUUUACCUUUGUUGUACAAUCCUGGUCCCCAUGUUACUGUAGAUGAGCGCCUUGUUCCAUUCAGGGGGCGCUGUCCUUUCCGACAGUACAUGCCCAACAAGCCCGCCAAGUAUGGCAUCAAAAUAUGGGCAGCCUGUGAUGCAAAAUCCAGCUAUGCAUGGAAUAUGCAAGUAUACACUGGAAAGCUACCUGGAGGAACAUCUGAGAAGAAUCAGGGGAUGCGUGUGGUGCUGGAAAUGAGUGAAGGGCUGCAAGGUCAUAACAUCACAUGUGACAACUUCUUUACAUCCUACCGCCUUGGAGAUGAACUUCAGAAGAGAAAGCUGACCAUGUUGGGAACAGUCAGAAGAAAUAAGCCAGAACUUCCCACUGAAAUUCUGAAGAUGCAGGGCAGACCUCUGCAUUCCUCAAUAUUUGCUUUCACUGAGAAAGCAACAGUUGUUUCAUACUGCCCAAAGAGAAACAAGAAUGUUCUUGUAAUGAGUACAAUUGCAUCCCUGAGCACAAGAGAAGACAUGAAGCCACAAAUGAUCCUGGAUUAUAACUCCACCAAAGGAGGAGUUGACAAUCUGGACAAAGUCACAGCAACAUACAGCUGCCAGCGCAAGACAGCCCGUUGGCCUUUGGUGAUUUUCUACAACAUUGUGGACAUGUCUGCUUACAAUGCCUAUGUCCUGUGGACUGCAAUCAACCAGAAAUGGAAUGCCGGCAAAUUGUACAGACGUCGGCUUUUCCUGGAAGAACUCGGCAAAGCACUUAUCACUCCCAAGAUCCAGACGCGAGCCAGGCCAGCUCGAUCCCCAGCAGCUGCAGCUGUCAUUGAAAAGGUCAAGCUCAGGUCACCCGACCAACCUGCAGCCUCACCCAACCCAACCUCACCCAACCAACAUCCAGUGGACACAGGUGGAAAGAAAAGGAAAAGAUGCCAGGUCUGUCCCUCCCGAGAGGACAGUAAAACAAGUACCUCUUGUGUGAAAUGCAAGAAUUACAUCUGCAGGAAGCACACAGUAACAUUCUGUCCAUCAUGUGGAGAACAUUGAAAAGUUGAAGUUUGCUGGGAUGAAGUUACAGUUGAAGUCAAAGUUAAAAAGAAAUGUGUUCAUGAAGAGGGAAAAACGUAGCCCUUGUGCUUUCUUUGGUCAAGGAAGGAGGAAGGAAAGAAGGUAGGAAGGAAAGAAGGGAGAAAGGAAGGGAAUAGAGGAGGAUGAACAGAGAGAAGGAAAACAGGAUGAGAAGAAGGAAGGAGAGAGCAUGGCAGGAGGAAAGAAGCAGGGAAGAAUUAUCAUUUUGACCCGGGAGGAGGACAAGAGGAUUAGACUAAAUAGUUCUUAAAUAUAGUGUUGGAAUUAGAAAUGUAUUGUAUGUCACUUUUCUAAAUGUUUGUGUAAUCUAAAAUAAAGUUGUUAUUGGUUUAACCUGUUUUCUUGACUGUUUUGAGUGCAUUUACAC